AUGCCCAACAGAAGGGAAGCGGAAAAGAUGCGGCACAGUCCGCACAGAAUUCACGAAUUUAGUUUGGCGAAUUUGCUCACGGAUCCGUUCGCUAUUUCGCUACUGUCGCUAGCACUGAUAUCGUGGAUCAUUGCGUUCGUUGGAUCGAUCGCAGCGGCCGCAAACAACCGAGACUACCCGCCUUUUGCGUGGUGGGGAAUAGUGUAUGAACUGCUGCUCUUAAUUGCAAUUUUCGUGCUAUACUGUUACGAUUUGGUGGAUUACUACAAGACGUUUCUUUCAGCGGGACUGGCAGUGGCUUUUGUUUACACGACAAAUAGUACGGCAGACUUGAUCUACAGGGACGGGUCGAAAGUGGCCGCUGCGUCUGCCGGGCUUAUUUUGCUUUCAAUGAUCAAUGCUAUUUGGUUGUUUUACUUUGGUGCAGACAACGCUUCGCCUUCUAAUAGAUGGGUUGAUUCGUACUCGUUGAAGGGCAUCCGGCAUUCUGUCUUGGAGUCCUCUAUAGCGCUCAGCAAUCGGCCAGCUGGGCUACCGGCACGCAACGCGUCCCGGUACUCUACGAAUUUCAACGAGGACACCAAUCGGUUCAGCGAACGCAUUCCCCAAUCCAACCAUUUCUACCCAGAUUCACACUCUCAACACUAUGUUUCGUCCACCGCACUGAACGGCUUCGAAAAUGCGGGUCCUCCAGUGGCUCCAGCGCUUCAAGAAAACGUUCCAAACUCAAACAACUCGAACACAUUCUUCACCGACACCACCAACGGCAAUACGGAAACAACCAUGGGAGACACUCUAGGGCUAUACAGCGACGCUGGUAACGAGCUUGGCAGCUUCCCUUACACAGCUAAGGCUCUUUACACAUAUUCCGCCGAUUCGAACGAUGCAUAUGAGGUAUCAUUCGAGCAGGGUGAGAUUUUGAGAGUCGGCGAUAUCGAAGGCAGGUGGUGGAAGGCUAAGAGGGCGGAUGGUGAAACAGGCAUCAUCCCAAGCAAUUAUGUAGAGCUGAUCAGCGACGGUACAUUUUAG